AUGAAGGUCUUAUCAAUUUUCGGAGCGCUGCCGCUGUUACUAUCUGCGCCUUUGGUGGCCGGCUACGCCAACCCUGAAACCUGCACUGGCAUCUGCACCAACGCGCACGAUCCGUCUAUCAUUCGCAGGUCCGACGGAACGUAUUUCCGCUUCUCGACAGGCGGCAAAAUCGCUGUACACUCUGCCCCGGACAUUGUCGGUCCGUGGACGUACUUGGGUGCAGCCGUACCCGAUGGUUCCGUCAUUGAUCUGGACGGCAACGACGACCUCUGGGCACCGGAUGUCCACCUCGUAGGUGACGAAUACUACCUCUACUACUCUGUGAGCACAUUCGGGUCCCAAAACUCGGCCAUUGGACUUACACGCUCAUCCACCAUGGACAUCGAUUCGUGGACGGACAACGGCAGUACAGGUAUUGCCAGUUCGUCUGCGAAGUCGUACAACGCCAUUGAUCCGAACCUUAUUGCUGUCGAUGGCACAUACUACCUCAACUUCGGAAGCUACUGGCAGGACAUUUACCAGGUCGAGAUGAAGUCCACGCCUACGAAGUCCACGGGCUCUGCCUCUCAAAUCGCCUUCACGUCCGAUUACGAGGUGCUAGAGGGGGCAUACAUGUUCAAGUACGGCAACUAUUACUAUCUAUUCCUCUCGAAAGGCCAGUGCUGUAGUUAUGAUACAUCCAAACCAGCUUCAGGGAAGGAGUACCGCAUCCUGGUGUGCCGUUCAUCGUCUGCUACCGACGAUUUCGUGGACCAAGACGGAACGUCCUGCAGGAAUGGAGGGGGUACCAUCGUGCUGGAGUCGCAUGACGAAGUAUACGGACCUGGUGGCCAGGGUGUAUACAACGAUCCGACUUACGGCCCUGUCCUGUACUAUCACUACGUGAACACCACGAUUGGAUACGCGGACGGUGACAAGCGCUUCGGAUGGAACUACCUCGACUUUUCCAGUGGCUGGCCAACUGUGUAA